CUAAUUUUCCAUGGGAGAGACGCCAAGAAGAAGCAGAAUCCUUCGGUUGUAGGGCAUAGAUGAAGCGCAAAGCGACCCUCCUCCGAGCUUCUCCACAGCGUCUUCAUGCCUCAGAAUUCCAACCAAACAAUGAAAGUAGCUGUCGUAAAAGAAUAAAAGUUAGAGAUCUUAAUAAUGRUGCACCUUUGACAUGCAAAAGAGACACUUCUCCUAUACGGGCCAUACCCUCGAAAGAAGGACAUGUUACGAACCCAAAUACUGCAAAAACUUCUGAGUUUGCAUUCUUUAAGAAGUUCAAGGAAGAUGCAACCCUUAGAUUCAGUUCCUCUCUUCCACGUCAAAAGGAACUUCAAUCAAAGAAGUUCAACCCAAGAGGUUGCUUCAGAGAGAGAACCAGCCCUGUCAAAAACUGCUGCAAGGACUUCACAUCACAUUUUCUUGUUGAAAAUGUGACUCCUGUUAACUUUGAUUCAAUGAGUUCUCCACUCGAGGAGGUAGAUGUGAAACAAGCUCAUGAAACAUUGGAUAUACAGAGCAAACAGAGAAGCAUGGAAAAUGAUGAUAUUUUUAGUAGGAAGAGGCAGAAAUUACGUCAGUUCAUUCAGAGUAUGUCAUUCUAUGGAACGCUUGAUUCAUACGAAAAGGGGUCUGGUGGUGUUAUUUCCAUGCUACUUGGCCGGCUUCUACCUGAGAGCAGUCAGUAUAGGUUCGAUAAUAACUCGGAAAAACUACAAUGGUUUCCUGGAAGUUGCUCUUCAAGACUUGAUCAUGAGCAUCAUUUGAAUAAUAAUUCAUCAUCCUUUCGUUUGAAUAAAUCGAGAAGAAGGGUUCUCUCCCACUCUGACUUCUCAACCAAUAGCAAUGAUAACGAAUUCCAAGUUAAGUACAGAACCAACGAAUCUGACUGUGAAUUAGAAGGAACAAUUACUUUGCUGGAUGCCAAUAGUUCACUUCUUACUGUUGAAGACUAUAAAUCGCUUAUUUCCAGCCAGUUCAAACCGCGAUAUAGUCGAUAUGAUUUUGGUGAACCUUUGCAACUAAUAAAGCAAGAGCCAGAAGCUCUUCUGCUCAGUUGGGAUAUUGACAACAUAAAAGAUGAAAGUGCUUUUUCUUCUCAACUUACAGAAUUGAACGAAUUUGCCGAGCCACCAACUUCAUUUGCUGAUGAUCACCAGCCAAACUUGCAUGAGAGAUCUGGUGCCGUGGCGCUGUGUUCAUCUCCUUUCCCUUCCAGYAAUCAUGGAAACUUAUACUCAUUUCCAUACUCCAGUUUAGCCAGCUAUCAAAUUCAUGGGUCAAGUAGGCAGGAAAAUACACAUGCCGCUUUCAACAACCUGCAUUUGAACUUCUCAUAUGUACCCAAAUGUCUUAYUCAGUGUGAUAAUUACACCGAUUACAAUGGCAGCUGUGACUUCUUCCACACACAAAGUGCGCGUUGGCUUAUGAACAAUGUGCUGGAUGACGAACCUCAGCAUUCUUCUAUAGAAAGUCUCAGCGCUUCUGGCUUUGUAUUUGAUCUUGGAUGGAAAUGUUUCUCAGGCUCAGAAGAGCAUUGCCAAACAGCUUAUCAUAUACUUGAAUUCCCAAUGGAUGAAAUGAGACCUACAGUCCCCGUCCAUGAAGAUUGCAAUUAUGGCAGUUCAUAUGACGCAUUCGYUGAAGAUCGGCCGCCCUUCUUUAUCCAGCCCAAGUCGUUCUUGAAAGAAAGGAAGGUAUGCUCUCUACUGACUGAUAAAAUAAAUGUUGAUAUAACUGAAAUGGAUUACAUAUGACUUGAUUGAUCCUUUUGAUUCUGUGUCCUUUUUCUGGUGUGUGUGUGUGGAAGAAACAAAAAAAAAGAAGUUUCUUGGUUGAGACUUGGAGAGAACUCAACUUGAUUGAAAUACAGUCAAUACGUAAGGGGUAGUGUUUCAUGGUAGGAUGAAAAUUUCUCUCUAAGAGCUUCAAGUUUUGUGCAGUACAGAGACAGAUUGUUACUUGAAUCAUUUUCUUGAGAGAACCACUCUACUACAUCUACCCCCAACUAAUUUGUACAUUCAUACUCAUGGAAUCCAUGGCCCGUUUCUUGAGAGAACGAUUUCUUGCUUCUCGUUUCCAAUAUUAUUAAGAAAUAUAAACAUUUCACAYCUAUUUAUUGUUUUUUGU